CAGGCUUCAGCAUAAAAAAAAACAACUAACGAGAAGCUACUUUUUUGAUUUCAAGACUUAGUUCGGAACUUCGGAAUUUUGAGUUGAUUUUCCUUAAAAGGGCGAAGAUCAAGCGUACACGAAGAUUUCUAAAAUAGUAUAAUUAUGACAUUUGACUCAUCUUGGGAUGUUGAUAAAUACAGAUCUGAACAUGAAUAUGAAGAUCAUUGGCAGUUUAGGCGUCAGUUUUUAGUUGCUCAUCAAGACAAAUUUCCCGAAGAUCGAUUAGUGUGUUUAGCCCAAGUCUUUUUUAAUAUUGAGUUUUUAGGAUGCCAGUACCCUAAAAAAGUCAUGGACCUUAUUGAAACAUUAUCUGAAGGUUUAGCUGAUGACUUAAGAGAAAAACGUAAAGGAAAAUUACAAAGAACCUUUGUUGCAGCCUCAGAUGCUGCCGAAGCUAAAGCUAAACGCUGAAAUUAUGAUGAAAUUAUGUAUGUCUGAACAAUAUCAACCGAAUAAAUUGCAAAUUCCAAUAUAAUUAUUUAUGUUUAUUAUUACCGCUCUAUUAAAAAUGAUAAAACUUAUGGAUUUAAAAUGAAAAAUUAUGUAUCAAUUCAAAUGAUUUACUUGAUAUGGCUGUUUCAUAUUCUGAAAAGGUGUAGUAACAUAUCAUUGUGUACAUUAUAAUCAAUUAAUAUGUACAAUUUUUUUUCUAAUGAAUCGAAGACUCGUAAUAAUAGGUAUGUAAUAUAAUUACAAUUUGAAUUUCAAAUAUUUUUUGUUUUAUAUAUAAGCCUGAUUUUAUAGACAGUAUAUUAUAUUUAAGUUAUUUUUGACUAAUACCAGUAAGCUCUGGCACAUAUACGGCUGUAGGUACAUUGUAUUCUUUUACACAUAUAUAAUAAAGAAAUUAAUAGGAGUAUAGGACAUCAGCUACAGUUAAUGUAUAUUUAUGCAAUAUUAUGUUAUAUUUUAUUGUCUUUUUGUUAAAAUAAUCUAUAAUAUAUUGAUAUGCAUUAA